CUCCGUAAUCCUCCCGGUGCUUCCAGCGCUGGGUUUCAGAGAAGUGCGUCUCCUAAUCAGGUCACAUUUCAGCGGGGAUCCAAGCAUCCAUCUCUCUCUCUCUCUUUUCCCCAAGUCCGCGACAUCAGAGAGGGGAGAAGAAAAUAAGCCGUCGCUUUAGGGCAGGCGAGGAAAGAGCCACCACCCGAGAUGAGAGCCCCAGGCUGCUGUCUGGUGCCGCUGCUGCUGGCCAUCGCUUUGGCGGAAGGGGACGGCAAAGGGGGGAAAGAAGGCGAAAACCCCGGCAAUUUUAUGGAGGACGAGCAAUGGCUGUCUUCCAUCUCCCAAUACAGCGGCAAGAUCAAACACUGGAACCGCUUCCGAGACGAUGACUACAUCAAGAGCUGGGAGGAUAAUCAGCCAGUUGAUGAAGGCCUGGACACGACCAAGGAUCCUUGCCAGAAAGUUAAAUGCAGCCGGCACAAGGUGUGCAUUUCCCAGGGCUACCAGCGGGCCAUGUGCAUUAGCCGCAAAAAGCUGGAGCACAGAAUCAAGCAGCCUGCCGUGAAACUCCAUGGAAACAAGGAGAGCUUGUGCAAGCCUUGUCACAUGACCCAGCUGGCAUCUGUCUGUGGCUCUGAUGGACACACUUACAGCUCUGUGUGCAAACUGGAGCAGCAAGCCUGCCUGACCAGCAAACAGCUGACAGUCAAGUGUGAGGGCCAGUGUCCGUGUGCAAGCGAGCAUAAUCCGACCUCCGCCACAGACAUCAAACAAGAGACGUGUACUGGACAAGACCUGGCAGACUUGGGAGAUCGGCUGCGUGACUGGUUCCAGCUCCUGCAUGAGAAUGCCAAGCAGAACAGCUCUGGAAACACAGGGGCCAACCCAGUGACUGUGCUGGACAAGAGCCUGGUGGCCAGUUGCAAAGACUCCAUUGGCUGGAUGUUUUCCAAGCUGGACACCAACAGCGACCUUUUCCUGGAUCAGACAGAGCUGGCAGCUAUCAACCUGGACAAGUAUGAGAUCUGCAUCCGGCCUUUCUUCAACUCCUGCGACACCUAUAAGGAUGGGCGUGUCUCCACUGCGGAGUGGUGCUUCUGUUUCUGGAGAGAGAGUGCGUCAAUACAAGAGCCUCCCUGUCUUGUGGAACUGGAGAGGAUUCAGAUCCAGGAAGCAGCAAAAAAGAAGCCUGGGGUCUUUAUUCCCAGCUGUGAUGAGGACGGGUACUACCGGAAGAUGCAGUGUGACCCAAGCAGUGGGGAGUGUUGGUGCGUUGACCAUCUUGGCAUGGAGUUGACAGGAACACGGAUGCAUGGGAAUCCAGACUGUGAUGACAUUGUUGGAUUCUCGGGGGACUUUGGGAGUGGCGUUGGAUGGGAAGACGAGGAAGAGAAAGAGACCGAGGAAACCGGCGAGGAGGCCGAAGAGGAGGAGGGAGAGGCGGGAGAGGCAGAUGACGGGGGCUACAUCUGGUAGAAGCAACUCAAAGCACAGUUUGGUCAGGAUGCUGGCAGUAGGGCUGGGGGACAGCAGUCAAAACUCAAAGGAGAGGAACAGCUUAACAAGAUGAUCAGGAAACACAGUUGAAUGUAACUAACUACGGCAGAACAUGUUGUGCGAGUGUGUGUGUGUGUGUGUGUGCGCAUGUGUGCCUGCCUGGGUGAGUCCAUUCUCUUUACAUGGCCAUGGGGACGAUCUGCUUUCUCCCAGCUUAGCAGAGAUCAAAGUUGUAGCAAAGCCAAAUGGGAAGGGGAAAGUUCUCUGCACUAUAGGUUCAGGUGGGUUCUUUUUAAAAAUAAUAAUAAUAAUAAUUUAAUUUCUAGAUUGCCAGUGACCCAUUUCAGCUCCUAGCUAGACUUGCAAGGCCCGAGAACUACAUUUGCCUGCCCCCUUCGGAUCUCUAGCUGUGGUACCUAGCAAUAUCCUGAAGUAAUUAAUGCACUGUUAAGAGACAUGUAUCGUGGUACACUAGAUCGCCGCUGGCAUUUUGCAGUCACGCCCUGAAAACAGCCAGGAGAUCUUCCAAGGGUUCCUGAGUCGUCAUUGCAGCAGAAGAGAUGUGAUCACCAGGAUUUGACUGACAGGCCAAGGAUUAGAAGCAGCCCUUCUUCCUUUCAACUAAACGUUAGGUCAAGGACCAUAUCGGAGCAGGACAGGUAGCACAGAUUGAUAGUUCCAAAUGUAGCUCAAUAGCUGUCAUAUCAAGGACUCACCUAGAGGGACCUGCAAGAUCCUGUCUUCCUGGAAUAUUUCCUGUAGAAGGCUGGCCAUCCUACACCUGAGUGAAUAGUUGACUUGUGAUCACCUCCGAUGGGCUCAUGAUUGCCUGAUCAGAGGGCUCUGGGACUGGGGCUUUUUCAAACGUGUCCCAAAUGUAUCUCUAGUUGCUUUCCAUUUAGCUGAUGUGCCUGCUAGAGCUGUGGAAUAAAGGUCUUCCUUGUCAACCCUUGAUGCCCUGAUAGAGAGACAGAGGCAUUCUGACACAAGGAUGCCUGAGAACGGGGGUUAAAGGAAAGGGAAAUAAAACUAUUGAUUGUGGGAGACAAAUGAGCGGGGACACACAGGAUAAGUGAAGACAAAAAGCAGCCCUAGGUAGAAAUGACAUCCCGAUGGUGAAAGGACAACCUUCACCCAUCAGCAGUGAAACAGCCAUCCCAGUAGCUUUGCAUCUGACCGAUCCCAGAUUGGACUGUGUGUUUGCUCUUGGCUGGUUCGUUUCUAGAUAGUCCUGGUGCUCUUUUCCUGUCGGCGGGGUUUUAUGCUUUUCACCCAGGUCGGAUUUAACCACCACGGUAAAUUAAAUUCUCUUUUUAUUUAGAGAGAUACUUUCCCCACUUCCCCCGCAUUCAGACACACUUAGUGCUUUGUGGGCAUGUAUUCUCGCAAGUGUGUGGUUGCGUGCGUUGCGCUGCAGCCAUGGAUGCCCUCAGGUGGCACAAACAAAGGGUGGGUGCUUGUGUGUGGAUGUGUGUGCUUCUGUACGUAGAAAAUGGGGGACAGCCAGCUUGGCUUACAUUGAGCAUCCCAGAGCUUACGCAAACCUGAGCUGCCGGUAGAGCCAUGUAGGCUUGAUAUGCUUCUGCAUCUCCUUAAAAUAUACACAAUAAUAGUGAGAUUUUAGGCGAGCUAUCCUCCCAGUAAGCCCAGCCACAUGCUUGCAGUGGUACCAUAACAGAGAACUCUUAUGUAGCCCAGCUGUGAUAAUAAACGGGCCUUGCUGUGUUUGAAACUCUCUACCUUCUUUCUUGCCCAGGCUUACUCUUUCUAUAUGUCUAUUCUCUCUCUCUCUUUCUCUCUCUCUCUCUCUCUCUCUCACACACACACACACAAUCACACAUGCUCACACAGUUCACAGCCCUCCUGCAUUCCACUAUCCCCCCCCCCCCAGUUCUCCUGAGAGAAGAAUAGAUUAUGACUGAGCGAGACUUGUGUCUGUGUGUCACUUCAGGAAGGGAAUGACCUUCUCAGUUGUGGCCUAUGGGGAUUUCAUUUUCUUUGGGAUUGCAGUUUUCUGUCUCCUGCCCUCCCUUCUGUUUCUGCUGUUAAAGAGUCCGUUUGCAUCCUGUUAAGAUGUACUCAAGCUUUCGGCCUCUGGAAGCCCUGCUUCGAGACUUCCCCCUCGUUUCUCGGUGGUUGCCUUUGGAGCCUUCCUCCUCCUGUUUGCCUCAUGCCUGGGCGUGUCUGAGGCCAGGGUUUGAAUUUCCCAGUUAUGCAUGUUUAAUUACCUGUAAAUACAUUUCUUAAAAUCAAAGAAGCAAAUGUCGCUAACUCCACUGUCCGGAGCAGCAGAAUGAAUUGUUGAAGGAAGAGAAUGGUAGACAGGGACAAGAUCAGCAUCAGGGGGUGUUCUAGCUGCGUUAACAGGUCUUACUAUUCUCCCUUCAGCUUUGAGGACUCUGGCUGAAGACAGGCAAUAGUGUGUGUUCCUCUAUCCCCACCCGCAAGCGUCUAAGGCAGUGUGACAGGACAAAUGGCGGCCUGUGGUGUCGAUGCCCAUCCAAGUCUUGCCUCUGUUCCCAAGGUUCGUAGGUUUUUGUUGUCAAAAGUUAGACCUCAGACCUCAGCUGCUCAUAAACAUAUAUGACCAGAAAGAACAAUGGGACAAAAGGAAUAAUCGUGCGUGCAUGGGAAACGAUGGCUCUGCCGUACCACUUUCAGUGCUUUAGAAACACUCACCACAUUUUACACCUCCAGUUUAAGGUUGGCUCUGCCUGUUCAAGAGACAGCAGUAGGACAAAAGAUGUACACACCCACCAGAGGAAGCAGAACCUCUCUCAAAUCACUUUUCAACUCGCUUUCAACUCUUGUCUGCCUCCAGCCUUAACUUAGAAAAAGCACCCCUUGUUUUGUAAUGCAUUUUCAGUUGGUUCAUAUUGCGCCAUGACACAUUUCCUGGCCAUUGUGGUCACCAGAGCAGAAGAGCUUUUGUCCCAGUGGAAGAAUCUCUAGUCUCCCCAGUAGAGAUAACCACGACAAGCAGGUUUCAGUGCAAACUAAAGAUAUUCUUUUCCUCCUUGGGUAGCCAACUGCUUUCCUAACAGAGACCAGAUCAAUUUGCAGGAGCAAAUGUCCUGAUCACCACAGCUCCAUGAGAGGAAAAAUACUCUCUAGCUGUAGCGUUGAUUCUGAUUAUGCAGCUGCCUAAAGCCAUGGGGCAGUAUCCACCAGUAUUAUUCUACAAACUAAAAUAGUGCUUGCUGAACACUGCCAAACCUUUACAUUGUGCAAGCGAUCGCCCUUUACACUCCCGCAAGUGGUUGCACAACGGCUUUGCACAAGCAAAAUGUUCAACUGGA